GCGGGCGGCGGCAGUGCGCGGAGCGGCAGCGCGCAAGGGCCGGGCCCCGCCGGGGGUGGGGGGGGAAGGAAAAGAAAAAAAAAUAUAUAUAUAUUUAUAGGAGGGUGCUGAGCAUGGCUCUGGAUUUCCUCGCGGGAUGCGUCGGCGGUGCUGCCGGAGUGCUUGUCGGACACCCCUUCGACACCGUCAAGGUUCGACUACAAGUUCAAAAUGUAGAGAAACCUCUCUACCGUGGGACCUUCCAUUGCUUUCAGUCCAUCAUAAAGCAAGAAUCUGCUUUUGGACUCUAUAAAGGUAUUGGGUCACCAAUGAUGGGACUUACCUUCAUUAAUGCCCUUGUGUUCGGUGUACAAGGAAAUACGCUUCGUGCCCUUGGCAAAGACACUCCUCUGAACCAAUUCCUCGCGGGUUCAGCAGCAGGGGCUAUUCAGUGCAUCAUCUGCUGCCCCAUGGAGUUGGCAAAGACAAGAAUGCAGCUACAAGGAACAGGUGAAUACAAACUAAAAAUGAAGAACUAUAAAAAUUCUCUGGAUUGUUUGAUCAAAAUCUAUCGAAAGGAAGGGCUGAGGGGCAUCAACAGGGGCAUGGUCUCCACGUUAAUAAGAGAGACUCCGAGCUUUGGCUUUUACUUCUUGACCUAUGACUGCAUGACCAGGUAUUUAGGCUGUGAAGCUGAAGACAGUUACGUUAUUCCCAAACUGCUGUUUUCCGGAGGGAUGUCAGGAAUCGUGUCCUGGCUCUCCACGUACCCAGUGGAUGUGAUCAAGUCCCGGCUCCAGGCGGAUGGCGUCGGAGGCGUUACACAAUACAACGGGAUCCUAGACUGUGUCAGGAAGAGCUACCACGAAGAAGGCUGGAGGGUCUUUACAAGAGGCCUUACUUCUACACUUCUCCGUGCUUUUCCUGUCAAUGCAGCUACUUUUGCUACUGUCACUGUGUUCCUAAUGUACAUGAGGUCAGAAGAUGACCUUCGUGAAUGUGAACCGGGUCCGGUAAUCCAGCAGCCUUCCAGUUUGUGAGCAUCACCUGUUUGUUCUUGACCUGAAGCCCAGCUGGUUUUUAACUGUAAACAACAGUCGAUUCGCACAAGUAGUGUAAAUGUAUGCUACCUGUAUAAAGAAUUCCUAAAUG